AUGGUUGGAGAGGUAUCAGCACAAGGUGAUGUGUACAGUUACGACAUCCUUUUACUUGAACUGUUUACUGGGAAAAGGCCUACCAGCAGCAUGUUCACAGACAAUUUCAACCUACGCAGCUAUGUUAAGAUGGCUCUUCCACGUCAAGUGAUUGAAAUUGUGGAUCAACAAAUGUUGUUGGAAGAGGAAGAAGGGUUAAAUAAUGACAGGCAAGCUAGCCAAGGCAGCAUGGAGAGGAUCAAGGAAGUCUUGGAGUCAAUCCUUCGGAUUGGAGUUUCAUGUUCUGAUGAAAUGCCAAAGGAAAGAAUGGAUACAAAGGAUGUUCUCAUGGAACUACAACGAAAUAGGAAUUCACUUCUUUAA